CAUCCACUCACCAUCUCAUCGUCACUCUCUCACUUUCUCUCUCUAAAUCUUAAGCCAUCAAGAUGAAGAACUUCUUCUUUGUCACUCUCCUACUCUUCACUCUCCUCCUUAGCUCCUCUUUCCUUCAAUCCACCAUGGCCACUCCAUUGUUUUGUGGAAAUAAGUGCAAGGACAGGUGCAAAAGAGCUGGGGUGAAGGACAGGUGCUUAAAGUACUGUGGGAUUUGCUGUGCAGAGUGCAAGUGUGUUCCUUCUGGGACUUAUGGGAACAAGCAUCAGUGCCCUUGCUACAGGGACAAGCGCAAUUCCAAGGGCAAGCCCAAGUGCCCUUGAUUAAUUAAUAAUACCACACACACAUAUAUAUAUAUAUAUAUAUGUCCUAGAUCUAGAGAUAUAUGUAAAAGACAUUAUUAUUUUAGAAGUUUAAAAUGAUGUUGUUUUAGAAAUCAUUUGAUUUUCUAUGAUAUGUGACCCAGAUGGGGGUCCUCUAGUUUUUCUUGUAGUACAGUGGUGUUCAUGGUGUAUUGUGUGUGUAACUGUGUAUUCAACUAAUGUGCCAAAUAAAUACUAAAUAAAUACUAGCAGUUGGUUUUCUAUGAUAACUUACUGCUCCAUUUUAGUAA